GUAGUAUACAUCACAGCAUGUAUUAAAAGGAAAUAUACACAUUUUCCCUACCCUUUGCUCAGUACUUUGUGUCCUACAGUGCAGGGGCAUAAGUUAAUUUUCAAAUGGAGGUAGGACUGAUUGUUUUAAUAACUGAGGAUGCGGCUGUUAACCACAGUUUUCGAGAUGAAAAGUAAUGAAUCCCAUGCCAACGCCAGCGCACUGUUUUAAGGAGACAGUACAUCACCUGUGCAAGUUUAUUGGAAUCUAAGUUGCUCUACCCCCUACCACCACCAACGGACAGCAUGAUAGGUACGAACAAGAGGAGAUGGGUGGAACAUCUCUGGAAGAUUAUGUGUUUUCCUUGAACUCUUGAGGUUGGUGAUGACAACUUUUACUGGUUACCUUACACUAUUUACUCGUACUGUGACAUUGGAUCCCACCUGAUUCAUAUUUAAAAUUCUCAUUCCCAGUUCCUUAAACUGUAGGCCAUUAAUCCCAGGAGCCAGCAAGUGUUAAAUUGAUUUUUCACAGAUUACAAGUAAGAGGCAAUACAAAUUUGCACGAAAAAAUCCAGAAUUUUUGUAUGUAUCCUCAUGAAAAAAAAACAACAUUGUAGGGAGACACCAUUUGAUAUUGUAUCCUACAGCCAUGUACACAAAUUAAGCACUUGUAAUUUGAAAACAAAUAAGAAGGCUUAGGCUCAAUGGGCCUAGACUUCUUUGCUUUCUUUGCAGUUAUUAAAAACAUCUCACACAUACCAGUGUUAAGUGCCUGGUUUCAACAACACACCCAACAGCAUGUUCCCUAGCUGCGUGAUGGGUUAUUAUUGUCUUGACUGGAGCUGUAGUAUCAAAGUCCAUAGAGCGAGCAGACAUAAAGGGAGGAGGCAGACAGGAUGAAAGCACUAAUAGGUUUUUACUAACCAAAAUUACAAAAUUCAGGACCUCCAAAAGCUCAGACACAAGACAGAAGACAAAAGAUAAUCACAUUUGGAACUACAACCAAAACCGAACAGACAUAUCGACAAAGGAAGCAACCCUGAAAGCACAGUCACAAACCAAGCGCUGGUCAGCUUCCCUGCACACUGUAUUCUGCGCUCUUUUCCAUGAUGCGUACUGCCCGCAAGGUCCUGCUGUCUAUUCUGGCUCUUGGUGUAUUGAUUUAUGCCCUCCAUUCAUGGACCUUGUCCACUGACAUCCCAGUUAAUGAGCACCCACUGCGCCUCAAGAGUCUUCUAUUUAAGAAGCUUCAUAAACCGGUGGAAGAACAUGAUGAUAUCCCCUACCAUGUCAAGGCAAGUGUGGCAAGUCGUCUGAAGCAGGAUACAUGCGUAUGCGAGAGGGAUGAAAGCAUCCAACUGCCGUUUGCAGGCUUGCUGUUUCCACGCGUGUGGUCACAUAACUUCUCCUCCGCCGUCCAGGACUCAAAGGUGAAGAGUCGCAGGACAAAGGAGUAUGAACGUUUCCAGAAGAGGUCCUCCAGCGCUCUGGACCUUCUUAUCAUAGCAGAGGCUAACAGUCCUCUCCAGUACCCUACUCAGGGGCUGGAGGUACGACCCCUCAAGACUAUCAUCAUCCCUGGGCUGGGUCUGAAGGAACUGCCUAAAGACGUAUACAUGGUGAAUUUGACUGCCACCAUGGGUACAUUUGAUGUGGCUGCCACAGUGGAUGCAGUCUUCAUCACAGGGGCGGGGCACAUGCACAUGAGCAUGUCCAGUAGACAUCUUCCAAAUUUGAACCGACAGCUUCAGUUUGUCACGUACACAAACACUGUGUUCCACCCCAGGACAGCAGACAUACUCCAGAUGGAAACCCUUGGACAUCACUCAGUCUUUACUAUCACCGUUGGACAUGUCAUCACCCCAAAACUCGUGAAACCAGCCUUCAAAGAAGAAGCAUUUGGUAUCAGUUCCCACGUCACCAUCGCUACCAAGACCUUCCUGCGCUAUGAUAAAUUACAGGACUUGAUUGACAGCAUACGACAGUACUACCCUGACAUUGUCAUAGUGGUCGCCGACGACAACGAGCAUCCCCAGCCAGUCAAGGGCCCCCACAUAGAACAUUACACCAUGCCAUAUGCAAAGGGCUGGUUUGCUGGUAGAAACUUAGCCAUCUCCCAGGUGACCACCAAGUACGUACUAUGGGUGGAUGAUGACUUCAUCUUCUCUGCUAACACAAAGCUGGAGAAGAUGGUGGACAUCCUGGAGAACACCACCUUGGACCUGGUGGGCGGGGCGGUGAUGGAGGUGACCGGGUACACUGCCACCUUCCGCCACACCAUCUCUGUGGAAGAAGGUGGCGAAGAUGGGGACUGCUUACACAUGAGGCGGGCCCACCACCACACCAUCAAGGGCUAUCCCAACUGCGUGGUCGCAGACGGCGUCAUCAAUUUCUUCAUGGCCAGGACGGACAAGGCGAGGCAGGUGGGCUUCGACCCCCGCCUGGCACGAGCGGCUCACCUGGAGUUCUUUGUUGACGGGCUGGGAUCUCUUCACAUUGGCUCCUGCAGCGACGUUGUGGUGAGCCACGCUUCAAAGAUCAAGUUGCCAUGGGGCAAAACGGAGAGCGAAAAGGCCUACGCCAAGUUCCGCUAUUCCCCCUCUAAUAACACCGACACCGCAAGUGACUUCUACUACUUCAAGAGCCGGUUCAAGUGCAUGACUAGUGACUAAGAUGACCUCAGCCACCGAUGGCGUCCCACUUGGCCUGUUUGCCCUCAUUCCAUCGGUGAAGGAACAAGGUUCCACAUCAUGGAAUCCUUCAGUGGAACCGGUUUGACCCAACAUCCUACACCAUGGAGAGACUAAGCUGUCUAAUGUACGUGACUUCAAAUAUAUGAGCGAAGAACAUUUUCUUUUCAAUUUUGAAACAAGGGUGCGUAAGAAAAGAUUUCUAUGAAUUCUACAAAUGAUUCACUUUCGCAGUCCUAUUUAAGUGUGCUUUAAGAGAAGACUUGAUUAGUGUUUUAGUUUGGCUCCAAGAUACUGAUUUCAAUCGUACAGGCGGACCUUUGCACCACAGUGGUUUAGUCACCAUAAAUAUUUGUCUUUUAUUGCUCCUAUCUAAA